AUGUUUAAUCUUAUUGUUCAACAUGAUCCUAGUCUCCCUGAAUACUUGCUCACUUGUAUGUAUGGUUACCCUGACUUUGAUAGGAAACAAGAACAAUGGAAUUAUACUGAACAAAUAAGUAGAAACCAUAAUGGUCAUUGGAUCCUAAUUGGUGACUUAAAUUUUCAUUUUUAUGAUGACAACACUAGAAUAUCCUCCUCUUCUGAUGGGUUUUUCAAUAACAUUGUCAACAUUUAUGGUUUAGAGGAUAUUGGUUAUGAAGGGAAAGAUUACACUUGGUCUAAUAACAACUUAGGAACUGGGAUUAGAAGGUCUAGGAUUGACAUGGCAUUUGGAAAUUUUAAUUGGAAUCUAAGCUACCCUAAUUUUAAAGUUAUGCACUUAACUCAAGUUGGGAGCGACCACACCCCUAUAAUGCUUUUAUCUGAUGCUAGUGUUCCUAAUUGUUGGAAGCCAUUUAAGUUUUUCCUUACUUGGUUAAAAGAUGCCACUUGCACUUCUGUCAUUGAAAAAGCUUGGAGCAUAGACAUCACAGGUUCUCCAGGGUAUCAACUUCAACAACUUGAUGUUUUACAAGCUCAACCUCCAACAGAUGAUAACCAUAAUCAUAUUCUAAGUAUCAACAAGGAGCUUCAGAAGUGGCAUAAGAAUAAGAUUCAUCUUCAAAAAUCCAGAGAUCAGUUUAUUAAAGAUAUGGACAAUAACAACAAUCUCAAUGAAGAACUUUUCAUGAUACUUCCUUCUAUUAUUACAAAUGAAGAUAAUAUUCAACUCACAGCUAUCCCUUCACACCAAGAGAUCCAUGAUACUCUUAAAAGUAUGGAAAACUGGAGUGCACCAGGUCCAGAAGGUUUUCAGGCAGGAUUUUACAAGAGCCAGUUGAACAUUGUUGGAGAUGAUGUCUAUUACAGGCCAAUUGGGCUUUGUAAUACCUCUUAUAAGAUAAUAUCAAAACUCAUUGUUCAAAGACUCAAACCCUUAAUGAAGAAAAUCAUUUCUCCUUAUCAAGUAACAUAUAUCUCUGGAAGGCUCAUAAGUGACAAUAUUGUCAUUGCUCAAGAGAUAAUACAUUCUAUGAAGAAGAAAAGAGGGCAAAUUGGAUGGAUGGCUUUAAAGUUGGACAUGUCUAAAACCGUUGACAGACUUGAGUGGGAUUUCUUGAUUAAAGUUCUCAAGUAUUUUGGAUUCUCUGAUGAUUUAUGUGCUCUUAUUUACCAAUGUAUUAGCACUACCUCUCUUUCUGUCAUGCUUAAUGGAUCUCUUUGUGAAGAAUUUCAACCAACAAGAGGGAUCAGAAAAGGUGAUCCUUUGUCACCUUAUUUAUUCAUUCUUGCAAUGGAAUUUUUGUCUAGACAUAUCUCCACUGCACAGCAGAAUAACUCCAUAAAAGGAAUUAAAGUGGAUGUUGGUUCUCCAGCCACUAAUCAUCUGCUCUUUGCAGAUGACUGCUUGAUUUUCACUCGAGCAAAUAUUACUUCAGCUAAUAAUCUUUUGGAUCUUCUUCACAACUUCAGCACUCAGUCAGGUCAGGUAAUAAUAAACUUUGAUAAGUCUUCCAUACAUUUCAGCAAGAAAAAUAAUCUUGAAUUGGUUGAUUUAAUCACUCAGCUAACGGGAGUCAAGCCUAUGAGUUCUAAAGAAAAAUACCUUGGUUCUCCACUGCUACUGGUUCACUCAAAGCAAGAGGCUUUUAAAGAUAUUGAAGACAAUUUCAUGAGUAAAUACUCCACUUGGUCCUGUACUUCUCUUACUCAAGCUGGCAGGGGCUCCAAUCUAAUAGCUUGGCACAAAGUUUGUAUCCCUAAAGAAUUAGGUGGUUUAGCCUUUAGAGAUCUUGAGAAGCUAAAUUUGGCUCUUCUUACAAAGAUGGCUGGAAAUGGCUCAUAUACUUGGAAUGGAAUUGUCAAAGGCAUUCAGGUGGUACAACAAAAUUACUUCAUGGAAGUUAAUAAUGGUACGACAACCAAAAUUUGGUUAUAUAGAUGGAUUCCAGGCAUGAUUUCUCCUUCUGUACCAAUCAAUGAUUUCUUCAGAUUUUAUCAGAAUGUUGAAGAGCUUAUACUUCCUGAAACUGAUAUAUGGAAUGUUGAUUUGCUCUACAAACUCUUUGACAACAAUAUUGUUCAGAAAAUUAUGAGCAUUUUUCUUGAUACUUUAAAAGAAGAUACAAUGCUUUGGAUGCCAGCAAAAGAUGGUAAGUUUUCUGUGAAAAAUACAUACAAGAAACUUACAAUGACUACUUCAGGUGUUCAAGUUAAUGGCAGAGAUAUCCAAAACAAGGUCUGGAGAUCACUGUGGAAAACAAAUACUGCGCACAGAACUAAACUGUUUGCUUGGAAAUGCAUCAGAGAUCUGCAUAAUACCAGAUAUAAAUUGUCCAUCUAUAAUGAGCACAUUGCUCCUCAUUGUACUAUCUGUGGAGGGAGUGCAGAAACCAUAGAACAUCUAAUCUUUGAAUGUGAUCAUGCAAAGAAAAUCUGGAGGCUUUCAAGUGUAGAUAUUGAAGCAGUUCACAGUACAGGAAGCUGUGAAGGAAUCAAAGAAAGCUUCUCAAAUGGAGUUUUGAGCCCAGAAGCUGGGGAGUGCAUGGCCAUACGUGAAGCUUUAACAUGGGCAAAUGAUAAAAAGAUCUUGAGGAUUCACAUUGAAGCUGAUGCACAACUAGUUAUCCUUUUUUUUAUAUAG